UUUUAAAUCUAAACAAUUCUUUUAAUACCAAAAGAAUUACCGCAGUUAACAACAGUUGACAGCAGUCUGAUUAUAUUAGUGUGACUGCGCAUAUUUCGUCAAAAUAACAAAAAGAUACUUUCUGAAGUACUAUAGAAUUGUCUACAAAUAAAAUAGUUUAAUUUAAUAAUUUUAUCAAAUAAACUGCAAAAACUAACUACAAAAAUAAUUUUAUCAAAUAAACUACAAAAACAGUCAUAAUAUAGCAUGCAUAAUGUAUUCUUAUGUAAAUAUCAUGAAUCUCAUAUAAUUUUGUAAAAUUACAAAUAAUUAAAAUUUACAUCUAAAUUAAGUUUGUUCUGUUUUAAAUCAAAUAGUUGACGUCACAAGUUGUCAAGUAUCUGAAUUUUUCUGCUUUUGAAUAAAGAUAAAAAAUGGCAGAGAUGGCUCUUCUGCUUAUGAGUGAUUAUUUAGAUACAUAUUCUGGUAGAGAUAAGAUGUUAAAAACUUUUUCUUACAUGGCAAAAUUAUUUACUGUAUGUACAUCAUCAAAGAGUACUGAAAAAAAACUCAAGACUUUUGGAAGCCAAAUGAGUGAAUGCAGAGUAAUGUUGCGCUUGCUAGAUGAUCUUCCGACAUUUCAUUAUAUAAUGACAUAUGGAUGGGGAAAACAGGAACCUGACUGGUUAAUUAGAUGGACCCAAGUGAUACAAAAUAUAAUAGACAUCAUUUAUUCUCCCAUAGAACACAUUGCUUGGGCUGGUCAACAUAAUAUUGUAUCAAUCAAUAUUGACAAAUGGAAUCUUGCUACAACUUGGUUUUGGAUAAUUUCUUUACAUCUAUCUUUACUGCAAUCGUUAAGAGUAUUGCACAAACUUCAAAAAUACAAAAUAAAGUUGGAAGGAAGCAAUUCUAAUAUGCAAAUCAUAUUCAAAGAUAUCAAUAAGAAACAACGAAGUGCACUAUUAGCAUGUACAUGUGCUAUAUUGGAUAUUACUUAUGCAAUUAGUUACUUGCCACCAGGAUUACUGUGGGGAGGUCGUUUAAAAAUAUGGCACAUUGGAGCACUUGGUACAAUAUCAUCAUUAAUUGGGCUUUAUCAAUCUUUCAGUUCACGAUUGAAAAAUUAAAAUUAUUUCUAUAAUGAUCAUUGAUCAUUAAUAAUUCAAUGUUUCUUUAUUACAUUGUUGAUAAAAAAUAUG